GGAGACAAGCCGGGGGUGUGGAGCAGGGGGGGCGAGCAGAAACAAAAGGAAACCAGCUGCAGAACUUCCUGAAGGCGGAGAGGGGGCCGCGGAGCGCGCAGUGCCGGGCGGCUCCUGCGGCGCUGGGGAGGGGGCGGCAGCGGGACCCUGCCCGCCGCGGCUCCGCCACCAUGACCAGCGCGAUCCUGAGGCGGAACUCCAGCAAGCAGGGCCUGCAGAACCUCAUCAGGCUGACAGCACAGUGGAGCGUGGAAGAUGAGGAGGAGGCGGCGAGAGAGCGGCGGCGGCGGGAGCGGGAGAAGCAGCUGCGGUCCCAGGCAGAGGAGAGCCUGAAUGGCACCGUCCCCUGCCCCGAGAGCGCCGCGCUGGCACAGCAGAACCACUAUGAAUUUAAGCCAUCUGGGCCUUCGGAGCUGGAGGAAGAUGAGGGGUUCAGUGACUGGUCCCAGAAGCUCGAGCAGCGCAGGCAGAGGUCUCCAAGGCAGUCUUACGAAGAAGAGGACAGUGGUGUGAGAGAAGCUGAAGUCAAACUGGAGCAGAUCCAGCUGGAUCAGGAAAGCCCAGAGGAGAAUAUGGUUAUCAGAGAGGAAGAGAGGCUGUGCCCGCAGGAAGAAGAGGUUCAAGAGCUGGAGGAAGAGAAACAAGCUGAGCAAGAGGAAAAGAAGAGAAGGAGAAAUGAUGGAGGGAAAGAAGAGACCCCAGAGAAACGCCAGAAGGCCCCAAGCCUUGCCAGCCUGGAAGAGGAGGAGCUGUGCUCUGACCACACUGCAGUGUGCUCCACCAAGAUCACGGACAGAACUGAGUCGCUGAACCGCUCGAUACAGAAAAGCAACAGCAUAAAGAAGAGUCAGCCUCCUCUGCCUGUGUCGAAGAUUGAUGACAGGCUGGAGCAGUACACACAGGCUAUUGAGACCUCCUCAAAGGCUCCAAAACCUGUCCGGCAGCCCUCUCUUGACCUUCCCACCACGAGCAUGAUGGUGGCCAGCACAAAAAGCCUCUGGGAGACUGGGGAGGUCACAGCCCAAUCUGCUGUGAAGCCCUCAGCCUGUAAGGAUAUCGUGGCUGGAGACAUCGUGAGUAAAAGAAGCCUUUGGGAACAGAAGGGGAAUCCCAAACCUGAGAGCAGUGUCAAGUCCAUUCCUUCUGGCAAAAAGUACAAAUUCGUUGCAACAGGCCAUGGCCAGUACAAGAAGGUGUUGAUAGACGAUGCUGCAGAGCAAUAGUAUGUCUGGAGAACUCAUUAACCAGCUGAGCUUGAUCCCGACUCAUUGCGACCCUCCAUGCCACUGUUUCCUCUGCUCCACAGAAGAUAAUUGAAGGAUGUUUCUCUUCUCUUGACUGCUGUCAGUCUGCUUUGGGUACAGCCUGACUCCUCUUGGGGUUUGAGCAGUACCCCGCACUGCCUCCAGACGGAUGAAAGGAACUAGAUCAGCUGACAAAACUCAUCCCUGUUUUAACUUUCUAUGUGACUCUGGCUUUUUUUUUAUUUUCUCUUUUUUCUUUAAUCUGUCUCUGCUAUGGAGAUGAGAGGCUCUGUUUCCUCACCUUAAGUGUUGGAAUAGAGGGAUCUGCUGCCCUGCUGAGCAGGCAAGGCUUUUGUUAUGUGAUUAGGAAUUUCUCUUUUGUGACCCUGGGUGGGUGGUGUCAGAGAAGGGAACUCAACAGAAAUCUGGUGAAGAAUUGAUGUUUGAAAGGAGGGCGGUGGGCAGGUCCUGAGUGUAAAAAGACUGCAAGGAGAGUGUGAUGAGAGUGCAAGGACCACUUGUCACUCUGCUGGUGCCAGCUGUGGGUAAAGCCUUGCCCUGUUUAUGAUGCAGCCUCUGUCCCUCUACAUUGUCUGCUUGGAGGGACUUCCAUCUCUGGUCUGUGUACAUCAAAUUGCGUUCAGUUUAGUCUUGGUUUUUUUUUUUUAGUUCCCAGAUCAUUCUUUAAUCACAGUUAUGUACCCUUGCCAAAAUGUUCCUGCCACUUUUCUGUCUUGGGGCAAUGGCAGCUUUGUUUCAAAUAGCUGCUGCCUUCCUCUCCUAAGAUGGAUUGGAGAUCUCCUUUCCCAGGUGAGGAGCACUGGCCCUGGUGUUAUCUCCCUUCUCUGGGAAAGUGAUUUGCUUAUUCUCUGACCUGUGGGCUGCGGUUCCAGUGACUGAAACACUUCUAAAAGUCAGAUGUGGUGGCACCAUGAUAUCCUUGUGAGCUGUGUUCCUGGAGCUGAGCAGGAUAUCUGGGAAAUGGCUGCUGCUGGAAGCUGUCUUGGUGAAAUGGCAUCCUAGUGAAUUGUUUGGGGAGACCAAGGCUUGCUGUGAACUUGAGGAAACUGAGUCCCUCAAGAGUGGCAUUUCUGGCCUUGGGCCUGAGGUCUUCAAUUCAGCUUCUAGGGUUGUUUCUGAACUCUCCCGUAUCUUCAUGGUGUUAACAUGUCCCUCAUCCCCUCUUCGGUCUCAUUCCUACUGUCUUCCCAUGUCAACGUAAUUUUGCAACUUGUUUCUACCCUCCUGGAGCAGGGAGGGCAUCUUGUUUUUCCUCCUGCAUCAGUGUGCUUUCUGCUUAAAAUUUUCUGCCCCCUGGAUUUUCUUUUUGGUUUUUUUUGUAAGCAUUUAAUAAAAUUUGAAGAUGAUGUUGUAA